ACCAUAUAUUCCAUUCACAAGGACUAAUCAUUAUUUGAACUUAUUGUUCCUCAUAUAAGUCAUAAGCUCUAAAAUGGGUGUUUGGUUUUGGAGGCUAAUUCUUCUUUCUCUUGCUGGAAUUAUCUUCUCUCCUAAACAUUGUGUAUCUCAAAAAGAAACAGGUAGAAAAUACAAGUUUAUGCAAGAUGCAACUUCAGCACCAAGAACAUCCUACUAUGACUACAUCAUAAUUGGUGGCGGCACCGCAGGGUGUCCAUUGGCGGCGACACUGUCACAAAAUCACAAUGUUUUGAUGCUUGAGCGUGGUGGAUCACCUUAUGGGAACCCAAACAUAACAAAUUUAAGUGCAUUUGGUGAUCCAUUAUCUGAUACCUCUCUUUCCUCUCCUGCUCAACGAUUUAUUUCUGAAGAUGGUGUCAUCAAUUCAAGAGCUCGUGUUCUUGGUGGUGGAAGCUGCAUUAAUGCUGGAUUCUAUACUCGUGCAAGCCGUCGCUACGUAAGAGAAACUGGUUGGGAAGAAAAAUUGGUGAAUGAAUCAUAUAAAUGGGUGGAGAGGGUGGUGGUGUUCCGGCCUCCUGUGCUGCAAUUUCAAUCAGCAGUUAGGGAUGGAUUGUUGGAAGCAGGGGUAUUGCCUUACAAUGGCUAUACUUUUGAUCAUAUUUAUGGGACUAAGGUUGGAGGUACAAUCUUUGACCAAAAUGGUCAUAGACAUACUGCAGCUGAUCUUUUGGAAUAUGCUAACUCCGAUGGAAUUACUCUUCUUUUGCAUGCCACUGUUUAUAGGAUCUUGUUUACUAAAGAGAGAUCAAAUUCAAGGCCAGUUGCAUAUGGAGUUGUAUUCAAGGAUGCUCAUGGGUUAGAACAUAGGGCAUAUCUGAAACAGGGGACUAAGAGUGAGAUCAUAGUUUCAGCUGGUGCACUAGGUAGCCCACAACUUCUAAUGUUGAGUGGAAUUGGACCAACCCAUCAUCUUAGGGAACACAAUAUUGAUGUAGUAUUGGAUCAACCUUUGGUAGGACGGGGAAUGAAAGAUAAUCCGAUGAACGCUGUUUUUAUCCCGUCUCCUACCCCCACAGAAGUAUCCCUCAUCCAAGUCGUUGGUAUUACCAACUUCGGCAGCUACAUUGAAGCCGCAAGUGGUGAAAACUUCAACCGUGAUUCUCAACAAAACUUUGGAAUGUUUUCUCCAAAGAUUGGUCAGUUUUCAAAGUUGCCACCAAAGCAAAGGACCCCAGAAGCCCUAGCAAAAGCAAUAGAAAAGAUGGAGAGCCUACAAGAAGAAGCUUUCCAGGGUGGAUUCAUUCUAGAAAAAAUAAAUGGUCCAAUUUCAAAGGGUCAUUUGGAACUUAGAAACACUGAUCCAAAUGAAAACCCUUUGGUAACAUUUAACUAUUUCCAAGACCCAAGAGACUUAGAAAAAUGCAUACAAGGCAUUAGAAUCAUUGAAAAAAUAAUCGAUUCAAAGGCUUUUUCUCCAUUUAAAUACAAUAACAUGUCAGCUUCUAGUCUAAUUAACAUGACUGCAAAUAGGACUUCAAUUUCUUUGGCACAAUUUUGUAGAGACACUGUGAUGACUAUAUGGCAUUAUCAUGGUGGUUGCCAAGUUGGUAGGGUUGUCGAUCGCAAUUAUAAGGUUCUUGGCGUCGAUGCAUUGCGCGUAAUCGAUGGUUCUACUUUUAAUUAUUCUCCUGGAACUAAUCCUCAAGCUACUGUUAUGAUGCUUGGAAGGUAUAUGGGAGUUAAAAUAUUGCAGGAGAGGCUUGUUGCUGAUGAAACUAAAUAAAAUUGUAUAAAUUAAUUUAUUAUAUGGUUUUUUUUUCUCUAUUUGAUGUUCAUCAAUUGGGGUUAAGUCACUGAGAAAAUCCACUCUAUAUUUAGAUUAUAUCAAAUUGUUACUCCAAAAUCAAUGCAAUAUUGUACCUUUGUUCAAUUGAAUAUCAAACAAUUAAUGAACCAAAUAAAAUUGUAUGAAUUAAUUUAUUA